AUGGGUAUUGCAAGGGAGCCCCAGCAACGAGUCGUGGCAAACAGUCGAAUUGAACCGCACCAACAACGGGCCAGCGCCAGCGCACCCUGUUGGACUUCUCGAGGAAAAGCAUCUUCAGCUCUCCAUCUCUUCGUGGUUUCUCUCAAAAACGUGGCCCCCGCCACCAAGGAUGGGCCGGCAACAGCAUCCGUGGAUGGUAGCGGGUCCAGCCGGGUCCGACUCGUGCUGUCGAUCCAACCAUUGUUUCCAAACCCGCGCCCCUGGCAAGAAACUGCCGCUUUUGGGAAGAGGGCCCCCCUGACUCCCGUCCCGUCGCGUCAGCCCGAGGGCCCCCUGGAGCGCCGCGACGGCCACAUGGAGGGUUUUGAGCGUGUUCGGUUCGGCUCUGCCGCGGAACUUGGCGAUCCUGCUUCGUAA